AUGAAAACAUAUGCAAUUGUGCUAAUUGUUUGCGGCUGUGUGGCCGCAUUAGUCAUCUUCCUAUGUUGUCUAUGCAACGAUCGCCGCAGAAAGAAACGCCCCUCAGCCCCGGCUCGCGCCCCUCCUCCGCCGCCACGUCAGCCGGUGACUUAUAAUAAUCGUGAUGUGGAGAAGGGAGAAAAGCCGAAGAGUAGCGGGUUGAAGGAUGGUGGAAUGGUUGUUCUUGGAGCAGCAGCUGUCGCUGCCACUGUCACCACGGCGGCUGUAGUAAGUAGCGGUGGUGGCGGUGGCGGUGAUGGUGGUGGUUGCGGAGGCGGCUGCGGUGGUGGCUGCGGCGGGGGUUGUGGAGGCGGCUGUGGAGGUUAA